AUGAAUCCCUCCGCCGACUCCCUCUCGGUCCUCUACGACUCUCUAACCUCCCAAUCUUCAGCUCGACCAGAUCCUGUUCUGCAGUUCUGGACUUCCCUUCGCGCAUCAAUUAGCCCCUCUGUCUCUUACUCCUACCUCCGCAACCUCUACCGCAAUGAAAACUGGGGCCAGAUAGUGUCCUUGACCACAGUCGCAGUCGCCAUGGCUGGGUGUGGCCUUUUGUCGGCGCUGCUGCGCCGUGCGCGGUCGUCGGAGAAGAAAGCAAAGCCCAAGCGGCCGACUGUGCGCAAGAGCUCGCCCAAUUCUUCGACCUCUUCGGACGAUGACUAUGAAGAUGAAGAGGACGAGAGCAAUGAAUCCUUGCGCCAUAGCACCGAUCUGUCUCACGACUGGCCGUCUGCGCCUCAGGAGCAAACCUCUGAUGCUUUCAAGACGGAUCCUGGCCUUUUGAGAAAGUUCACCUCCUACGCCUCGUACACCACCUCUUUUGCUACCUACCCGGCCAUUCGCACUUUCUAUUGUCCACACACACACCUUGAACGGCUCCCGACCAACCCGUCUCCGGUUCCGUUGCUUGUGUUUGUACACGGCCUGGGCGGAUCUCUAGCGCAGUUCCACCACCUUCUUACGAGUCUCUCCAAUGUCGGGUCAUGCUUCGGGAUUGAUCUGCCCGGGUGCGGAUUGUCGAAGUUUGCGCCCACCGAUUGGAAUGCAUACUCGGUUGAGGCGCUGGCAGAGCUGUUGGCUGAGGCUAUUGAGCAGCACCGGGACCGAGCCGCUGGCCAGGGCGUUGUUCUGAUUGGGCACAGCUUGGGCUGCUCGUUGUCUGCUCUCUUAGCCUCAUCGACCUCAUCGAUUGGAGCGCAACUGAAGGAACAUAUCCAGGGUCUCAUUGCGGUCUGUCCUCGCGCAGCUCCCCCAUCUGCCGAAGAAAGUGCCGUCUUUCGUCGACUGCUCUACGUUCCUGGCCCUAUCUUUGACCUGUGGCGCUACUGGGACCGACGCGGUGGCAUCACGAGCACCAGCGUGAUGAGAAUGGUGGGCAGCGCUGCCGACGCCGAGACCCGUGAUCUUCAAGUUCGGUUCAACAAGCAAAGCCAGACGCCCGUUUGGCGCCGGAUGGCCUGGGGCACCCUUCCGACCUACACAGAUAAGAACAGUGCAGCAACCGGGGGCAUUCCUGGCGAGAGAGUGUGGGCUGGCAUCCACAUGCCGAUCUUGCUGGUCGCUGGUGAAGCAGAUGCAGUCACCAAGCCCGCUGAAGUGCUGAAGCUCCUCCAGUUCUUUGGAGAUAGUUCGAGCCAUACUGCUAUCGACACUACUGAUAGCAGUGUUGUCCCCGAUGCUUCACGCGUGCAUGACCAGACGCCCACCACGCCCUUCAACCGUCUUGCCAAUGAAGAAGAGUUUGGCGUUGAGGUGGUUGAUGGCGAGAAGCAACUUGACCAAAACAAGCACAAACGCUUGGUCAAAUCAGCCAUUCUGCCCGCUCCUGCAUCCCAUGCUCUUCUCUAUGAUCGGGCAACGUACCGCACAUUGGCCGGCAUCAUCCAGGACUUUCUCUCUCACCAUAUCGACAAGCGCCUGGGACUAGGGUGGCAGCUGCAGUGCAUGAACACCUCGGGAAAAUGGGACGUCAAGAACCUGGUAAAGUGGCAGAAAGUCGCACCCGUCUCGGAACCCAUUGCCAACACGUUCGCCGCACUGAAAAUGCUGCGCGAGGUGGACGAAACGCACAACCCCGUGGCCUUUUCGCGGAAGUACCACGACCGCCUCUACGCCGUCAUCGAUAUCAGCCAUGAAAGCCCCGUCUACAACCCGGCGCAAAUGGAGAAAGGUGGGAUCCUGUACUUCAAGCAUCCGACCGUGUCGAAGAUCCCUCCCACGCCGGACGAGACUCGUGAUUUCAUUGCAUUGGUCGAUCGUCUCCGAAAGGAAGUUGACGAGAAAGCCGAGAGCGGUGGUCCUCGUCCUCUGAUCGGCGUCCACUGUCACUACGGCUACAACCGCACCGGGUUCCUGAUCGUGUGCUAUCUGAUUGAGCGGCUGGGGUAUGGAGUGCAGGAUGCGAUCGACGAAUUCAAUGCGCGCCGGCCACCGGGGAUCCGCCAUGGACAUUUCAUAGACACGCUGUUCGUGCGGUACUGCGUUGGGCUGAAGCGGGCCCCGACUCUGUAA